UUCAGGGAGACAAUUCCACAUCUUCACAGCUCUCACUGUAAAAAACCCCUUCCCAAUAUUUAGGCGGAACCUAUUUUCUUCUAUUCGGAAUAAAGGACAUCACUAACAUUAGUUUGAAUCAAGUUUGUGUGGUUUGAAUCGAGUUUUGAUUUGAAGCGUGGCAGUGUUGGAGGUUAUGUUGCAUGGUUUCUCUAGGUCAUUGGCAAUAAUAGAAAUUAUAGCUAUAACUUUAUGGGUGUCUUUUUCACCCUUAUCUACUGUUACUAUAAAAAACAAAACAACGGGGAAUUUUGUGUGAUGUAAGAAACUUUUCUGAGGCCGUUGCAUUGACCGAUUGAGUAUUUUCUUUUAGCUUUCCUGUGACAUGGCUGACAAAAGAAAAAAACUUAGUGGGUUUGCAUAUCGCAAGCUUGCCAAAGAAAAAGCUAGAAAGCAAAGUAAUGAACUGGAGCAUACACGAAAAAUGGAGACCUACUUUGAGAAAGCUAGUAGAGUAGAUCUUGAUGUUAUACCUGAAGAGGUUGAAUCUUCUGAGUUACCUUGUUCUUCAUCUUAUGUAAGAACAACAGAUAUUACAGAGGAAACCUCACACAAGGAAGAUGUUUCUGCAGAACAGGCAGAUAAUUCAACCUUAAUGACAACUGCUGAAGGAACUCAAGAAGAACCAUGUGAGGAAAUCUCUUCACCAAGUUCAAGGAUUCUUGAAAAUAAGAGUUUUGAGGAUAACCUAAACUUUUUUUCAGAUCUUGUUGACUGGGAUAAACAGAAUGAAAAGCUGAAAGAUUUCUUAGCUUUUCAUGGUGUCAAUCAAUACAAGGAGGCCGACUUCUCAUCAUCCGUCAGGCACUAUCCUGACAAAAGCAGGUGUAUGUCUGAUACACUGUUUAAAAGUGAACGGCUGAACGGAGAAUCUAUACCAUGGCUAGUAUAUUCUAUUAAGAGUAAGAAGAUUUUUUGUGCAGCUUGCUAUCUAUAUAGUGGAAUUGGCAUGUUAGCACAUGAAGGAUUCAAUGAUUGGAAAAAUGCAUCCAUUCGACUAAAUGAACAUGAAGAGUCAAAGUUUCACAAAGACUGUUAUUUGCAGAUGCAAAACAGGGCAAAAAUUAGCGGCAGAGUUGACCAGCUUUUUCUUGAGAAGCAAAAUCAAGAAAUAGAAUACUGGAGGAAUGUCUUAAAAAGAGUUGUUACGGCUGUGAAAACAUUGUCUUUGCGAGGUUUGCCAUUCAGAGGUACAGAUGAAAAAUUUGGGUCACUUACAAAUGGAAAUUACUUGAUGCUUCUAGAAGCAAUAGCUGAACAUGACCCCUUUCUGGCUGAGCACAUCAAGAAGUAUGGAAACACUGGUUCUGGCAGUACAUCAUACUUGUCCAAAACUGUAUGUUAUGAAUUCAUUGAUGUUAUAGCCUCCAGUGUGCUAGAAGUUAUCAUAAAUGAAGCAAAGCAAGCAAAAUAUUACUCAAUAAGUGUUGAUUCAACUCCAGAUGUAUCACACACAGACCAGCUUGCCUUCGUUAUUCGCUAUGUUAACAAUGAUGGCAUCCCCAAAGAAAGGUUCCUUAAAUUCAUUCCAAAUGUGGGUCAUAAAGCUGAAAAUUUGUUCAGUGCAGUCAUGGACACUCUGAAAGAAUACCAUAUUGAUAUAAUGGAUUGCAGAGGACAGUCAUAUGACAAUGCUAGCAACAUGUCAGGUACAUAUUCUGGUCUUCAGGCUCGAAUUAAACAGGUGAAUCCUCUAGCUGUAUACAUCCCAUGCUCUGCACACUCGCUAAACCUUGUUGGAACUAGUGCUGCAGAAAGUUGCAGGGAAGCAGUUUCUUUCUUUUACAUUCUGCAACAACUAUACCACUUCUCUGCAUCCACUGCAAGGUGGGAAAUGUUGAUCUCUCAUUUACAGCAGAAGGCUACAGUAGUUAAGAAUUUAUCUACUACGCGGUGGUCAGCAAGGAGUGAUGCAUGCCUCAGUCUGAGACGAUCAUGGAAGGAGAUCAUAGAAGCACUGGAUGCAAUAGACGAUGAUGUUUCUCAAACACCAACAACUCAAAAUGAGGCUGCAGGACUAAGCAAAAACUUGCAAAAGUUAGAGACUGCCAUCAUGACAGUAUUUUGGAGCUUCAUUUUAGAGCGGUUUAAUGCUACAAGCAGACGCUAACAGUGUGUGAAUAUUGACAUUGGUACAGUUGUAAAGCUUUAUGAUGGUCUCACCACACUUGUGCAAGAUACCAGAGAUGAAUUUGUAAGGUUUGAGAGAGAUGCUAAGGAAUUAUCUGGGCUAGAAGAUUAUGAUUCAUCUACUGCAAGACCAAGAAAGAUAAAAUUGCCAUUUGAGGUCAGCCCCCAAGGACACAUACAACUAAGCCCAAGAGAUAAAUUCAGGGUUAAUACUUUCCUCCCUAUACUGGAUAAACUGUCACAUGAGCUUAGAAGGAGAGCAGAGGCUUAUAAAUCACUGAACAGUAAUUUUGGCUUAUUUGAAAAUAUGAGCAUGCUUAGCAAUGAGGAUUUGCUUGCCCAAGCAAAUCUGUGCAGUCAGUACCCAAAUGACUUGGAUGACAAACUGCCUAAUGAAUGCCUGCAUCUCUGCUCUUAUUUAAAAUGUAUUGGUGCCCUGGACAUCACUGUAUCUCGGCUGCUGAAAACCAUUGUUGAAGACUCACUGGAAGUGAUUUACCCAAAUGUGUAUGUAGCAUUACGCUUAACAAACUGCAGUGCUGAAAGAUCCUUUUCUUGCUUAAAAAGAGUGAAAAACUACCUGAGAUCUUCUCUUAGUGAAGAAAGGCUAAACAGCUUUGCUCUACUUGCAAUUGAAGCUGAGAUUGUCAGAAAGUUUUCUUAUGACAACAUCAUUGAUAAGUUUGCAAAGAUGAAAGUUCGUUCUAAAAGGCUUUGUUAA